AUGUUUCAAAUUUCCCUCUUCUUUUUCUUAUCAUUUUGCAUUCUAACACCACCAACACCUGCAACUCCACUCUCUUUCAAAAUAGAUUCCAACGAUCCCAACAUCAGCAACAACAUAACAACCAAAUCAGAUGCAUUCAUCAACAAAGGCAUCCAACUCACCAAAGAUGGUCAUUACGACGAUAUCAGUAACAGCAUCGGCCGAGCAUUCUACAAGGAGCCCAUGUUCCUUUGGGACAGGCAAACCAGGGAACUCACCAAUUUCACCACCCACUUCUCCUUCCAAAUAGUUACCACGUCGGGCAGCGACGCCGAUGGCCUAGCAUUCUUCCUCUCCCCUGACCUCUCCGACGCCCCCAACAACUCGGCCGGUGGUUCUCUUGGCCUUGUUAGCCAUCUUGAUGAUGAUGAUGAUGUUUGUCAAUGA